AGACGGUCUAAACACUCUUCCAGCUACUUUUUCGGCGAAUAAUUAUGCAAGUUUGAGAUCAACAACUAAUAUUUCUGAACCGAUUUUGAGUGUAUCUCUGUUAAUUUGAGUAACUGGUCUUGAUUAAAGGAACCCUCUUCAGGGAACUGUCGUUAAUUAGCUAAGGAAAUUUUCCAAUCAUGAGCAGCCACUCCUCGGAAGACAUUUUGCAACCGGGUCACGUAAUCAAAGAGCGCUGGAAGGUGGUGGAAAAGAUCGGAGGCGGUGGAUUUGGUGAAAUUUACAGUGCGAUGGAUCUCGUUAGUAAAGAAGUGGUGGCUAUAAAAAUUGAAUCCGUUCAACAAGCCAAACAAGUUCUUAAAAUGGAAGUUGCGGUCCUUAAAAAACUACAAGGAAAAGAACAUGUCUGCCGGUUCAUUGGCUGUGGACGGAAUAAAGAAUUCAACUAUGUCGUAAUGUCUAUGCAAGGGAAGAAUUUGGCUGAACUCCGACGAAAUCAGACACGGGGAACAUUCUCCAUUAGUACCACACUGCGGAUCGGUAUUCAAAUUCUCAAAGCCAUAGAAAACAUUCAUUCGGUUGGAUUUUUGCAUCGCGACAUUAAACCGUCGAAUUUCGCGAUGGGAUUGAUGCCAAAUAACUGUCGCACAGUAUAUAUGCUGGAUUUCGGACUCGCCCGGCAAUUUACGGGCCCAAGUGGAGAAAUCCGAUCACCGCGCUCAGCCGCCGGCUUCCGUGGCACUGUGCGAUACGCCUCGAUUGCCGCGCACAAAAAUAAGGAAAUGGGCCGACAGGAUGACCUUUGGUCAUUAUUCUACAUGCUAGUCGAAUUUGCUUCCGGUCAUCUGCCAUGGCGGAAAAUUAAAGACAAGGAGCAAGUGGGCGCCAUGAAGGAAGACAUUGAUCCGAAAGUCUUGCUCAAAAACCUGCCGAAAGAAUUCGAGGGAUUUCUAGAUCACAUUGCCUCAUUGAAUUACGAGGAUACGCCCAAUUACCGCUACCUCCAGUCGGUCUUCGAGAUCUGCCUACGUAAACGCAAUAUAAAAUUAAACGACCCACUGGACUGGGAGAAGGCCAGUUUUGACGUCUCCACCGAGAAUCAGAAUAGUGCGGCCACGGCAACUGGAACAAGUGUACUCGGGGUCCCUGUUCCGACUGAUCAGCCAUUGAAGCCAUCGCUGCUAAGAAAAGAUAAUCAAGUAAUGCGUGAAAAUGUGAUGAAACAAGUGGAGGUCAUUGUCGAUGCGCCCAAGGACGAUGAGGAGUCGGUGCCGGAUGACGAGAAGAAGGACAGUCCGGCGGAAAUGUUCCGCCGGAAGGAGCCCAAACGCAGUCCCCGCCUCCGGCGACGCACCCGAGAAAUCCGCAACGGCAAGCCGCGCGCCGCCGGGGAGCUGCUGCGUGUGGAGGGCGGCAGUGAUGCUAAUUUCUCCAACACGGAAGAGGGCCGCCCGGUGGACGACCGCAUCACCAGCUACACCACGCAGUUCGCCCUGGCGGAAGACGACAUCGUCAGUAAUGUGGCGCAAAUGACGAAGGCCCCGUUAACGCUCAUGUCGCAGUACCGACCGUCGUUCGAGGUCAGCGACGAGGAUACCGAUGAUGAUCUGGACGCGUCCGAGGAAGCGGCCGAUAAGAAGCCGGGCGAGAAUGCCGCGCCCAAGAACGGCCGGACGAAUCUGGCGGCACCGCAGAAACAUAAUGAUCUACGUCGGCUGGGAUUACUGCAGAAAUUCGAUCCGAAAUUACGGGCGGUUCUGGGUGUGCCCGGUGGCGAACAGCGCGGCGCGUUCCCACGCUCGCAGACCCUACCGGAUAUGAACCGACCGAAAUUAAUUCGGCAGCCGGGAUUGGAAGAAAACAGUUCCGGCCAGGUAAACGGCGUCGGAUUACAUAAAGUCAACUCGGCGUCACAGAUGCCGACCAAUCCCAUCGCCCGGCGUUCGGCACUAAAACAACCCAGUGCCAGUGAAGACCGUACCAGCUUAUCUAAGGAGAAUACCGAUAUUUCCCAUAAUUUAUCCACCACAUUAAAAGAACCGGCUGUCCCGGCUAAAAAUCACCGAUUGAAUAACAUACACGAGGAAGGAGAGCAGGAUGUCACGCCCACACCGACGAAUGCCGAGGAUGCCAAUACGCUGCACGCCUCGCAGUCGCCCCCGCAGCAUGAUACACUGGUUACGCCCUCCGCGUUGCGUGCCAAAACCGGCAAGAUGCAGUGGCCACCGGUGAAUAAUCGGCGUCCAUCUGUGGGCGAGAUGCUGCCACAGCAGACCACCGUGCUCAAUAAUAAAGAUGUUCCUAAAGAUGUUCCUAACGCGAUGAAUAUGCACAUUACUAAUGCCGUGCCUAACGGUCAUCCGCCGCCGGUACCGGAGAAGACCAUCCCCGCGGCACUGCAGGGUGAACGCUGGUGGUGUAUGUAUACACCCAAACCGCCACUUGAUCAAAUCUUGCCUUCAUACUUGAAAACUGGAUGCAUUGCGGCCAGACGGCGACGUUAUCGUCCCACAGCGAUUCUGGACGCCAAUUCCCAGUGGAAGGAAUACAGUGGAAAGUCAAAUUUGAUGUGAUCGCCCGGUUUUUAGUUAGUCGUAUUCAUGCAGUUUUGUUGAUAGAUUGGCUUAGAUGUUGCAGUUUGUCAAUGCUGGGAUAUAUAAUAUUAAUCUGGUUUUUUUCUACUGCAUAUACUGCGCGCGCGGUUUACAAAAAUGUUAAUAAUUCAGGUGCCAAAAUCUGGUUGUAUACAUCACACGUGAUAUCGCUGUUUUGACUGGGAAAUAGCUCUGUCAUUUUUGAUUUGUCCCUCCGGUGUUCAGUUACUUGUGUCAAGAUAUAUUCUGCGCAAUAAAUACAACUUUGCAACUC